AUGGGCGGCGUCAUUGGAAUGGGCGUUGCUUCAGUUGGAGCAAGCGGUGUACAAUGGGUCGGCAAGGGGUCCGGAACAGGCGUGAUCAAUGCUGGUGUUGUCCAAGUCUUCCUCGCUUGGAUCUUGGCUCCCGGUAUUGCUGCGUGCUUUGGUGCGAUUAUCUUCCUCAUUACAAAAUUUGGUGUGAUGCUACGAAAGAACCCGGUUUACAAGGCACUUUUCCUCGUUCCUAUCUAUUUCGGCAUCACCGCGGCUCUCCUAACCAUGUUGCUCCUGUGGAAGGGCGGCAGCUAUACGGUGACCCUGAACAAUGCUGAGAUCGUCGGCACUAUCAUUGGCGUAGGUGCCGCAUGGGCAUUGGUGGUCGCAAUCUUUUUCUGCCCUUGGCUUUACCGCAAAGUCAUCAAGGACGACUGGCAGCUCAAACUAUGGCAUGUGCCACUUGGUCCUCUUCUUCUGCGACGAGGUGAUCCGCCGCCACCACCAGCCGACUGGCACGGUGGUAUUCGAAAUUACUAUGAAGGUCAUCUUACUAAAGAAGAAUUGGAGGCUCGACGGGCGCACCAAGCUGGUGUCCGAAUAGUCAAUGAUGAGGAAGCCGCUGCACCUGGACAGGAGAAGCAGAUCAAUCCAGAUGACAAUACUUCAACAGAUGCGGACCCAUAUGAGCAUGUCCCAGAAUCCCACAAGAAAAUUGUUGGACCUAAACCGGAGGGCGCUUGGUACAAUGGAUCGGUGUUAUUCUGGUAUGUCAAAUACGCGCUUUUCCGUGGUGUCGACAAGGAUGUUGUCAACAUGCAGAAAAAGAAAGAUAUUCUUUCGGGAGACGUUGAGGAGAUGCAUGCCCGUGCGGCUCACUACAACAACAAAGCCGAGUACAUGUACAGCUUUCUCCAAGUCAUGACUGCUUCAACCGCAUCCUUCACACAUGGCGCCAACGACAUCUCUAAUGCUAUUGGCCCUUAUGCCACAAUUUAUCAAAUUUGGAACGAGGGAACUCUUCCAGAAACGGGCAAGUCGCAUGUACCAAUUUGGAUUCUAGUCUUUGGUGGUUCGGCCCUUGCCAUUGGUCUCUGGACUUACGGCUACAACAUCAUGAAGAACCUGGGUAAUCGCAUCACCCUUCACUCACCUUCCAGGGGUUUCUCCAUGGAGUUGGGCUCUGUCAUUACCAUUGUCAUGGCUACACGUCUGAAGCUACCCAUCUCCACUACUCAGUGUAUUACCGGUGCUACCGUCGGUGUCGGCCUGUGCAAUGGUGAUUGGAGGACAAUCAAUUGGCGUAUGGUCGCUUGGAUCUACGGUGGUUGGAUCAUCACGCUCCCAGUCACAGGUAUCCUGUCUGGGGUACUUAUGGGCUUGGUCAUCAAUGCUCCUCGCUGGGGAUUCCAGGGUUAA